AUGGAUAAUGCUCCAAGAACUCCAAAAACCUCCCCGAUUACCGAUGAUUAUGACAUCUCCACAACAGUCCUCGGCCUUGGGAUCAAUGGAAAGGUGGUAGAAUGCAGAGAGAAAAGAACGGGUAUGCGACGGGCAUUGAAGGUGUUACACGACAGCGCGAAAGCAAGACGAGAGGUCGAACUCCACUGGAGAGCCAGUGGUUGCAUGCAUAUCGUUGAGAUUGUAGACGUGUAUGACAAUACGUAUGGGGGCAAAAGGUGUCUGCUAGUGGUGAUGGAGUGUAUGGACGGUGGUGAGUUGUUCCAGAGAAUACAGGACAACCGUGAUGGAGCAUUCACAGAGAGACAAGCAGCUGAGAUUAUGCACUCAAUAUGCGUAGCUGUACGACACUUGCACGACUCGGAUAUUGCACACCGGGACAUCAAACCCGAGAACUUGCUAUACACAAGUAUGGAGCCCAAUGCAAUACUCAAAUUGACUGACUUCGGUUUCGCGAAGGAAACACUGACGCAAGCAGACACGCUGCAAACACCUUGCUAUACACCGUACUAUGUUGCGCCAGAAGUGUUAGGCCCAGAAAAAUAUGACAAAUCCUGCGACAUCUGGUCCCUGGGCGUCGUGAUGUACAUACUGCUGUGUGGGUUCCCGCCUUUUUAUUCUAACCAUGGCUUAGCGAUAUCGCCGGGUAUGAAAAAGCGCAUCAGGUUAGGCCAAUACGAUUUUCCUGAGCCGGAAUGGUCUAACGUAUCAGCGGACGCCAAGAACUUGAUUCGUGGGAUGUUAUCUGUCGAUCCAGCUAAACGUCUUACCAUUCACCAGGUAAUGUCUAGUCCCUGGGUACGCCAAUACACCCAAGUGCCCCAAACUCCGCUGUACACCCACUCAGUUCUUCGGGACACUGGGGAAGCCUGGGCAGAGGUCCAAGACGAGAUGACCAGAUCCCUAGCGACCAUGAGAGUUGACUACGACCAGGUUCAAAUAAAGGCUUUGGAGCAGAGUAACAACGCACUUCUUAACAAGCGGCGGAAUAAAGUUGGCGCCUAG